GAUCUCAAAAUAUUCACUUUCAGCGAGUCAGCAAAAUCUUCACUCACUUCGACGUCUACUUUUAAUUCAUAUUAUUGUUUAUUAAUAUUAUCCAUUCUAACUGUUUAAUGGAUUAAUGGAUAAAUUACAAUUAGGAGAAUAUUUUAGAGAUACUUUGGUUGAUUGGUUUAUGGGUAAAGGUCGACGCAAAGAAAAAGAUGCCACCUGUUCACCACCAUCUCAAGAAUCUAAACGAUACCUCCAACAUGAGCUUCUUGAAUGUUGUACACCGGAGUACAGAUUAAGAGACAUUAUCCAACUACCUGAUGGUAUUAAUUACAAUGAAUGGUUGGCCUCACACUGUUUAGCAUUCUUUGAUCAUAUAAAUCUCAUUUAUGGAACCAUUUCAGAGUUUUGUAAUACUUCAGGAUGUCCUGAUAUGAUAGGACCUAAUAAUAGGUUGUACUUAUGGGUUGAUGAGAAAGGUAAACGUUGUAAAUUACCUGCUCCACAAUAUAUUGACUAUGUUAUGACAUACACACAACGGACGGUUAAUGACGAAUCAAUAUUUCCAACUAAAUUCGAUAAAGAAUUCCCGAGUUCCUUUGAGUCAAUUGUUAAGAAGAUUAUGUUACUUCUUUUUCGCGUAUUGGCUCAUAUUUACCAUUCACAUUUCAAAGAGAUUGAACUUUUGAAUCUCCAUCCGCAGACAAAUUGCAUAUUCUCUCAUUUUAUGCUUUUUAAUGAUCAAUUUACGAUGAUCGAUGAGAAAGAAACUGAAGUUCUUGCUGACCUGGCGGUUUCAUUGAAGCUCUUCCCACCAAAGCCUGAUGAUGAUGACCACACUAAGCCUGAUGACCCAAACCAAAAUCCAACGACCUCCAUGUCACCCAGUCUUAAACCGACAAAUUCAACCUCAACCUCUACAACAACAACAACAACAACAACAACAACAACAACAACGACGACGUCGACGACAACAUCAUCAACAUCAACAACAACAUCUACAACGUCAACGUCAACCCAACAAACAACAACAAUUGUAAAUGAUGAUGUUAAUUGUAGCAGUAGAAUGAUGCCUUCAACACCCAUUGAAUCUGAUACUAUGGGUGAAGAUUCAAAUUUAAUUGAUGAUCAACAGUCAAAUGAUGAAAAUCUUUCCACUAAUCAGUGUCGGAGUAUUAGUCCUUUUAUAAAUAAUAGCAAUAGCUUUAUUGAGAAUAUGGCUGUUGAUGAUGAUCCACCUGAAAACUGUCCCAUGGAUGCAAAAUUCUUAAUCACCAUUUAAUUGCCUCAACAAGAAGAUAAAAAAGAAAUCAACAAUUUAAGUUAAUCAGUAUAUAAAUAUAAAUAUAUAUAUAUAUGUGAAGAGAUAAAGAAAAUCAAUGUUAUAAGAAAACAAAAAGGUGUAUAAGAUUGAGAAAACAAGACAACAAGAAAAAAAGAUGAUACAAAAAUUCGAAGUCAAUAUAAUGUAAAUAAUUUCUAUGUUUAAAUCUAAUUGUUAAUUUUAGAAGAAAAAAAAAGUUAUCAUCAUCUUCCUUCAUCAUAUCUCUCGCAUCAAUUUAUCUUCUUCAACACCAAAACUUUCAAUUGUUUGUGUUUAAAAUGAAUGUUGAUCAACAAUCAGCUGAAAAUCAACAACAAUUUUGAUGAUUUAAGAUCAUUAAUGUUUUUCCUUUUGUUUUUCUAGUAAAUUAUUUCAAUAUAAUCACAAAGAAUCACAAUUAAGACCAAAAUUAUCAAUUAUAAUUUUGUUGAUUGUUGAUUUGAAAUCAAUCAACUUGCGAUCAACUUGA